AUGGGAGGCUGUCACAGCAAAGCAGAGAUAGUCCAGUCUCAAAGACCAUUAACUAAAAUAAAAAUAUCCCCAUCGACAAGCAAGAGCAAAUUUGACGGUUAAGAUUUCAUCAUUGCUUUUCUUGAUGACUACUACUUCGCCUCGGUAUGCAAAAUAUUUUACAAACUCUACACUUUUGGUGAUUUGAUAAGACUCAGUUUAUGCAGCAGAAAACUUUAUGAAGUAAUGGGAUCUAGAAAGGUGCUUGAAAACGUCCGAAUUUUCGGCUAAAAAUAAAUUUAACUUGUUUAGAGACUAGAAAAAAUUAAUUACAUUUAGGAGGAUUAACAAUAAGAUGAUAACUAUUUGUAUUUGCUCCGUAAACGCAGUGCGAGAAGAUUUUCUAUAGACACAUAAUCAUUUUAUCAAAGUGGAAGAAUAGAAUGGGAUUGCUUAUCACCACAAAAGGCUAAAGAUAGUAUGAGAACUCCCUUUGAUUUUGUAAUAGAUGAUCCUAAUAUUGUAUCUAGUCUAGCAAAUAACCCUUUUUAACCUAAUCCAAGAAAGCUUAGUCUCUCUAAAAUGAGUAAUAAUAAAAUUAUCGACAACCCAGCAUUUCAAGGAUCAGUGUCAAAUAUGAUGAAAGAUAACUUACAAAGACUUGAUUCCCUAUUAGAAGGGGACACUGAACUUGAAAAUGCAGAUGAUAAUGAAGUAGACUCAUUGAUUAAAAGGUAAAAACUUUUGGAAAAGCAAUAUUUAGCCCUUUGUAAUUCAAAAGAGAUUCAGUAAUUCGAGUAAAUGAGCAGUUUUAAUUAAACUAUGACUAAGAGUAAAUUUAACCAGACACCAAACUUUAUUAAAAAUACAUUAAGAGACUAAAAUCCAUUUGAUCAAUCAGUUCUUUACACAAAUAAUUCGCUCCUAAAUGACAUUGUGACCCCUAAAAAUGAUUCAUUUAAUAAGGAUUUUUGUUUUCCUAGAUAAGAAAAUUUAUAAAAGAUAAAUUAAUGGCAAAAUCCUCUUAGCUAUCUGAGACUUGCAAAAGAAGAUAGUAUUCAUGCAGUACAGGGACCUAAAAUGAUAUUUAACAAGAAAAGUAGUAAGCUUGGCAUUGAUAUAAAACUCAGAAUAACCAAAUAGCAAUUAAGCUGA